AUGGGAAAACUUGUCGACAAGUUGAUGAAGGUCAUAAACUUCUUGAUCUCACAGUGGUUCAUUAUAGGCAUGGGAGUAGCGGUUGCCAUCGCAUAUGCCGCCCCGAACUACGCGAGAUCAGGAGGUAUGAUCCGGUCAGAUAUUACCAUCGAGUAUCUGGCAGUAGCCGCUAUUUUCCUCAUUUCGGGGCUCAGCAUGCCCUCUAGAACCCUGCUCAAGGAGCUGGGCAACUGGCGAGCACACUUAAUAACACAAGGGCUAUCAUUUCUGGUCACACCUGCUCUCAUGUUUGGUUUCGUUAAGGCUAUCUACGCGGCUGACGAUCCACGAAUCGAUAAAUACGUGCUUGUGGGCAUGAUUAUUUGCGGUUGCACACCCACAACGGUGUCGUCUAACGUCGUCAUGACUAGAAAUGCCGGGGGAAACGACUCGCUGUCGUUGUUGGAAGUCACUAUUGGAAAUGUCAUGGGUGCAUUCGUUUCUCCUGCUCUUCUGCAGCUCUAUCUUUCUGACUCGACGGGUUUCGGGUUUGGUAACCCCGCGAAGGACUCGUCUAUGACGGAACUUUACCGACGAGUCAUGAAACAGCUUGGUUUGUCGCUCUUCGUGCCUCUGUUCGUGGGACAGGUAGUACAGAACGUGUUCCCCACAAAGACCAAAUGGGUAGUCACCAAGUUCAAACUGGCCAAGCUUGGAACUUUUUGUCUUCUGCUGCUCAUAUGGGCCACCUUCUCAACUUCCUUCUACGACAACGCGUUUGAGUCUGUGCCCAAAGCCACCAUGAUCAUGGUUCCGUUCUUCAACAUUGGCAUCUACCUGUUGUUCACCGUCAUUUGCUUUGCCUGUGCUAGAUCACCAAUUCCCAGACUUCUAGCACCCCAUCCACCCACAGAGGUUUCCUCCAGACCCUACAAACUGCUUCAUCGGUUCAUUUCGGGUUUUUACUUCAACAAGAGAAACACCGUCGCUAUCAUGCUCUGCGGAGCAGCAAAGACAGUCGCUCUGGGUGUCCCCCUCAUCAACGCACAAUACGGAUCAGGUAGUUCUCUUGUAGGUCGCGUCUCAAUCCCUCUGACCCUCUUUCAGGGAGAGCAGAUUCUCACUGCUCAGUUGCUGGUCCCCAUUUUCAAACGGUGGAUUGGAGACGAAGGAAAGGAGCCUGAAAACGAGUUUGAUGACAUAACAGUCAACUCCAAGUCUAGUAACGACCUCGAAAAAGCUAUGCCGGCCAUCACUGCUGCUCCAGUAUCUUCACCUCCAGCAGGAAAGGACAAAUCCGCCGUUACAAGUACCGCAGUAGAUACUAACACGACAGGCACACAUACAAGCGACUUUAUUUUCGAGUCGGAAUCUAAUCCUGAUAAAAUCAGACAGGAUGAAGAAGUAGAGGCUAAAAUGUGA